CGCGAACCGAACAAAACAAACCAUGGAGCUCUCCACAGAUCCAACAAACACAGUACUAUCCAUAUUGAAAGACCGCAAUAUUCGCGCCAGUCGCGAUGAUAUCGAGUCGGCGCUCAACGACGCGACUCAUCCGGAGAAUGUCAAAUGGGUGGAGGAGCAUUUGAGUCCGGACACUCUUUUGUCGCAAGAAGAGCUCGCGCUGUAUUCGAAGCUAGACAGCUCGGGCAUUCUUCGAAACAUUCUCCACGACUCCGACACUGGUGCGACCCGGCCGUUACACGACGGAGAACUGCGAAAGGCGACCGAUUCGUUAAAUGCUUCGACAGGGGAGAUCCGGAAGCAGGUUGAUAUUCUAGCGGCGCAACAAGAAUCUUUCAAUAACCAACGCUGCGUCAAAGGUGAGCAGGAAUUGAGGUCGGCAAGAGACAUUGAGCGACUACGGUCCAAGCACGAGCUGGGGCGACAGAAGACAUCUUCGGCGUCCAGUGACCUCGCUCAGGAGUUGGAAAUCGACUUGAAAAGUGAAACGGAGAAAGCGGUAGCAGAAGGCAAACGGAUACUGUCUUCUCUGACAGCUCGACUGAAGGAAGACGACAAGGUCAUUCUGAAUCUGGAGAAGACCGCAUCUACAAUACAAGGUGGCGGUGAUGACUCUUUGGUAAUUAAACGGACAUUAGAGCUGGAAUCUUUACUCGCAAGCUAUCUCGCUGAAGAAAUACACUGUCGGCUGGACCGUCUAUACCUAGAAGGUAUCGAAUCCGACGAUGCGGGAUUCAACAACCCAACGAGUACCGAGGAUGAUGCGUGGUCCGGCCUGUCCGAGGAGUUGGAAGCGUUAUACCCCGAAAUCGAAAUAUUAGCAGAGAUGUCUACCAAGCAACAGUGUAGCGGGCCUAUACUGCGAGAACUCCAGAACCACCAUGGCAAGCAGCGCGUUGCAUCUCAUGAAAAACUUGACAAUAUCUCCGACAUAAUUGGUGAAAUGACCUCCUCGGCCAAGUACCUCACGAAGUCCUUGCAGAAUCGCGAGUCGCUCUGUGGUAUUCUCGAAUCGUUUACCUCCACGUACCGGUUAGAGAUGGGCGACCGUUUCUCCGAGCAAAGCGCUCCAAGGCGGGACACACUGAGAAGACUUUCCACAGCCCCAAUGGCGACAUUUGCUCCCGAUUGCGUUGACUCCGCCCCGGAAACCCCGGUGCUUGCUAACCUAAUGCGCCGCGUAGGAUUAUCAUAUGAGUCGGUGUUGAGCUCGGAAGAGAAGGGUGGCGGUGCUACCGAGCUUGCUGAAAAGAGAAAGCAGGCGCUUGAAUGCUUGCGGAGCUAUAGCAUUGCGGCUGAUUCGCCGCUAAAGGACGAGCUGAUUCCAAGUGAUCAGGCAUCCAUGCUUCUCCUGUCUUCCUUGGAAACAAAUUCACAUUUUCAAAGCUCGCUUGUCGAUCUCGAUCACGAGAGGGGACUGGAAGUCCUUGAAUCUGAAUUGGGUCGUCUCCAGAAAGGGAUGCAGAAGCUCGAUCUGGACGUGGUUUAUCGACGAGACAAGACCCAGAGCAAUUUCAUGGAGCAGUGGUCAUAACGCGACAAGACACAAGGGGCACUCCUCCUGUGCCCAAUCUUUGUCCUAGAAGGAUUGGCCGUUGACGUAGAUGGAUGGACUAGAGCUGUGGCUGUCUCCACUGAUCAUAAUGUCUCGCGAUAGCCUCGCUCUGGGGUAAUAAACCGCAAUUGAU